AUGAAGUUCACAGCCACAACCGCACUCACCUACCUUGCCGCCCUGGCCACCACGGCAACAGCGACGCCCUUCAGCAAGCGCGCCACCACCUACACCGGAAGGAUGACGCCGAUCGGCGAGAUCAGCGACGCGGGCGCCCUGAGCGCCUGCGGCCAGGAGUACGUGACGGGAAGCAUGUUCGUCGCCGUCCAACCGUCGCUGCUGCCGGCCGACUGCUCGCCGACGCCCAUCACCAUCAAGUGCAAGGGCGGCGAUGUCACCGCCCAGGUCGUCGACAAGUGUAUGGGUUGCGGUUCCGACCAUAUAGACGUCUCCGCUGCCGUGUAUGAGGCCUGUGGUGGUGCGAAGGGGGGCGUCGACCCCAUCCCGGACCUGACCUGGAUCUUCUAA